CGAAAAAUGGAAAACACAGUAGACGAUCUACACGUUAAUGUACCUCUCUUCAAUAAGCUAGCCCAGGCGGGCCAACCAAGCUGGCCAGGUUUAUAUGCCCUAUUAACCAAAAACGGUGGUGGCUUUUAUUUGCUUCUGCUAGGGACGCUGCUCGGCGUGCAAUUCUGGCAAUCUUACAUAGGCGCCGUGAUCACCUACAAGGCUAAACCGUUCGAGGCUAGAUUAGCGUCAACUUAUUGCAUCAUCGGCAGUACUAUUUCCAGCGCGUUGCUUGGCAGAUGGAUUAUCAACCACGGCCAUGCACUCGACUUCGGCAUACUCUGCCAGACCGUGAAGGCGCUCGAUUAUCACAAUCUCUGUAAAGCUGUCAACAGCAUCCACGUCGAUGCAUUCCACACAAUCUUACUCGCGAAGAUUGCUCUAUCACACUUUAUCCAUCUGGUGUUUGUCGGCCCAGCCACUGCAGAAUUGCUACAAUCUCGCAACAGAGCAUCCAACCCUGAGGAAGUCAAGUGCGUCGAUAAGAAGUUCACAAUCCUCCGUGUUAUUAGCAGCUCUAUCGACUUGGUUUCAUUAGCCAUGAUCGUAUUACACACUUUAUAUAUCGGAUACGUCGGUACCAGUAACCUCUAAUAGCGUUUUAUAGCGUUAGCCUUAAUGGCGUUUAAUAACCUUCAAUAACCUUUAAUAACCUCCAAUAGUCUCCUCUAAUUGUCUCUUCAAUAAUCUCCUAGGAUGAAACAUAGCAAUGAAACAUAGCAACGUAGUAACGAGAAAUGUAAAAUAUCAAAUUA